ACGAAUUCCGAUCCCGGCGCGGUAGCAGCCAGAGCGGGACCCCACCCUGUGCCGCGAGCGCGCGAGCCUUCCCCGGGCAGCGGCCGCCUGCAGGCCGGUCAGUUAACGGGAGUAGCCGGAGCUCUUUCUUGCUCUCCUUUUCCUGGGGCCGGACGAGAGAAGCCGCCUGGGGCUCGCCCUGUCGGGAAGCGGCGGCUGCAGAUGGGUGAGAAGAAUCUCUUUCCUUAGGGAGUGUUGGCGGCUGGCAAAAAGCGUGCCGAGCUUGGGGACACGUCAGGAGAGAGAAGCCACAUUGUUAACUCAGUCGAACUGAUGCGGGGGAGAGACGGCGGGCGGCGAGGAGCUCUCCUGGGAAUUACUUUAACCAAAGGUGUUCUUUUUCAUUCAGCCCGUAAAUACUGACAUCAUAUAGCCACAUUUCUGUGUGCCUUCAUGAGUGGUUUUCAGAUAGAGAAAAGGAGAUGCUUUAAAGAAUGGAGUUGGCUUGCAGCUUGCUGUUUAAUGAAGAGUUUUAUAAUCAGCUGGGUGAAUUUCAGAAAGCAGAAUUCGCUUUGGAGUGGCUGAGGUUUUUGGAAAAGCUUUUACCAGCAACUAAUCAGGCUGACAUAAGGGAAAAACAGAACAAACUUGUUGAGCAACUGGUAUCUUUAUUAACCAGUUCACCAGGACCUCCUGCUAGACAGCUCAUUGCCAAGAACCUUGCUAUAUUAUAUAGCGCAGGAGACAUUUUUUCUGUUCACCAAACAAUUGACAAAUGCAAUGAACUUAUUCUCAGUAAAGAUGAUUCACCAAGCUAUCUACCUACUAAACUUGCUGCAGUGGUUUGUUUGGGCUACUUGUACAAAAAACUGGGAAGAAUUUUGGGCAACAGCUUUGUGAAUACUGUGGGAAAUAUUCUUAGAGCAAUGAAGAAUGCAGAGUCUCAAGGGCGAUAUGAGAUAAUGCUAAGUUUGCAGAACAUACUGAAAGGGUUGGGAGCUGCUGCUGUUCCUUGUCACAGAGAUGUUUACAAAGCUGCUCGUACAUGUUUAACAGAUAGAUCAAUGGCAGUUCGCUGUGCUGCUGCAAAGUGUCUUCUUGAACUUCAGACUGAAGCAACUUUUAUGUGGAGUACAGAUUUGGAUAGUGUUGUAACUCUAUGUUUUAAAUCCUUUGAAGGAUCCAACUAUGAUGUACGAAUGGCCGUUUCUAAGCUUUUAGGCUACAUAUUGAUUAGUGGUGUAACAUCAAAGCAAGCUACGGCAUCUGCCAGACAACAUGUUCGCAAAAUCUCAUUUAUGGAAGCUUUGGAACUGCUAGGGACAGGUUUUCUUCGUGGGAGUUCUGGAUUUCUACGAACUGGUGGUGAUAUCCUAAAAGGAACCAGCUCAAUCAGCAGGGAUGUUAGAGUUGGAGUUACUCAGGCAUAUGUGGUAUUCAUCUCCACAUUAGGAGGAGAAUGGCUUGAAAGGAAUUUUUCUGCCUUGCUUUCCCACAUUCUAGAGUUGGUCUCUCAGUCUCACCCUAAGGCUAUUCAGACACAAAUGGAUAGUAUCUGUUGCCGCCGUUGUAUUUCAUUUAUCCUCCGAGCUACAGUAGGAGGCCUUCUUGGGGAAAAAGCUCGAAUUGCAACUGCCAAGGAGAUUUGUCAAGCCAUCUGGAAACUGAAGAAAGUUAUGGAUGCUGCAGUGAGUAACUGUAAUGUUGAAACCCGUGUUGGUACAACAGAGAUAAUAGCCAGCCAGCAUAUGCUAAUAUGCGCCCUAGAAGAGCUUGGAAACCUCAUACAUGGCUUAGGUACUACUGCUGCACCUGUUCUGCAAGAUUCCAGUACAGGAGUCCUGGAUGCAGUAAUCUCCAUUAUCCUUCAUCCCUGCAUUUCAGUUCAGCUAGCAGCAGCAUGGUGCUUACGUUGUAUUGCUGUAGCAUUACCCUGCUAUCUCUCUCCACUUCUGGAUAGCUGUAUUGAGCGCGUGACAGCAAUGAAAUCCUCUCCAGAAGCAGUGACUGGUUAUAGUUUUGCUAUUGCUGCUUUGUUAGGAGCUGUCAGACAGUGUCCUUUAGGAAUUCCGCAUGGCAAGGGGAAGGUUGUCAUGAUGGUAGCUGAGGAUCUUUUGCGUUCUGCUUCUCAGAAUAGUAGGAUUUCAGUACAAAGAAUGCAGUCAGGUUGGCUUUUGAUAGCUGCUUUAAUGACAUUAGGUCCUGCGGUAGUCCAGCAUCAUCUUCCUAGAAUGCUGUUAUUGUGGAAAUGUGCAUUUCCAAUAUCUCCUAAAGACUUAGAAACUGAGAAGAACCGUGGUGAUUCAUUUACGUGGCAAGUGACACUGGAAAGCCGAGCAGGUGCUCUCUGCGCUAUUAAAAGCUUUAUUCUGUAUUGUGGAGGACUCCUUACAGAUGAAGUGAUUCAAAGACUGCUUCCUCCUGUCCCAUGUGCUGUUGAUUUACUGACACAGCUUCCUUCGCUAAGUAAAAUGUAUGGCAGUGCUUUAAAACUAUCAUCAGUGACAUAUAGGAAAAGACUUUAUGAACUGCUUGCUUUGUUGCCUCCCAAGACUUAUGAAGGAAGUUUCUCUGCUGUUCUUAAAGAACUAGUGCUUGACUUGACUCAACUUGAUAAUCAGGCAGCUGCCUCUGCUGCUUAUUUUCCACCCUUUUCCCACCACUGUGAACUUGCCUUAUUUGAUCCCUUACUGCAGGAGACAGAGCACAGAUUUAUCGAAGAGCAGUUGCUCUUAGUUAACAAUACAGCUAGUGGAAGUCUGGAGUUUGACCCAUUUGCAAUUUAUGAGAAGGCUGUGCAUGGAGAUUCAGUGCCUAAACCCUUAUCUCCAACUUCAUCCAUUAUCUAUGCAGCAACCCGUCUCUUUGGAGUAAUAUUUUCCCAAGUAACAGAGACCCAAAGGCUGCAAGUGCUGGAACAAUUAUUGGCAUCCAUAAAACAAACCAAAGGAUCGCGGCAACAGAUACUACAGCAAAAUAUUAUAUCAGCAAUUUGCAACGUUCUAAAGCACUUGGCUAGCCAUAAAGGAAAUCUAGGUUCUGAAGAAAUCCAGAACUGUACCUUGAGCUUGAUCAUAAGUGCCUUGGAAAGUAGCAGUCCACUUCUGAGAUGUUCUGCUGCUGAAUCCCUAGCCAGACUUGCUCAGGUGGUAGCUGAUAAUACCUUCGCUGCUGGAUUGGCACAAAUGAGCUUUGAGAAACUAAAAUCUGCAAGAGAUGUGAUAUCAAGAACAGGACAUUCUUUGGCUCUGGGAUCUCUCUAUAAGUACAUGGGAGGAAUCAGCUCCACUCAUCAUCUUACUGCAUGUGUUGGAAUUCUUUCUACUUUAUCUCAGGAUAAUACUUCACCUGAAGUACAGACCUGGGCACUGCAUUCUCUGUCACUGAUCAUUGAUUCUGCUGGUCCUUUGUAUCAUGUGCAUGUGGAACCUACCCUCUCUCUUGUUCUUAUGUUGUUGUUGACUGUGCCUCCUGCUUAUACUGAAGUCCAUCAAAGCCUUGGUCGCUGUUUAAAUGCACUUAUAGCCACUUUGGGUCCUGAGUUGCAAGGCAGCAGUACUAUGGUCUCAGCCUUAAGAGCAUCCUGUCUCCUUGGCUGUGCAGUGAUGCAAGAUAACCCUGACUGCCUGGUCCAAGCUCAAGCCAUCUCAUGCCUUCAGCAGCUUCACAUGUUUGCUCCUCAUCAUGUAAACCUGUCUAGUCUUGUAAAGUGCCUUUGUGAGAUCUUGUUGGAAAAUUCUGUGUUGGUUAAUCUCUCUAGUUCGUAUCUAUUAUUAAGACGCGCAGUUCUAGCUUGUUUGCAUCAGCUCGUGCAAAGAGAGGCAGUUGAAGUAUCUGAAUAUGCAGUGGCUCUCGCUAAAGACAGCAGAGAAGACUUUACUCCAGGUGUUAAUAUAGGUGAAAUAGGCCUUGAAGGAGCAUUGUUGAGCUUAUUGGACAAAGAAUUGGAUCCAAAACUGUGCCAAGAUAUCAGAGAAACUCUGACUCAUAUGCUUAUAUCAAUGGCUGUUGGAAAACUCUCUUUUUGGCUGAAACUCUGCAAAGAUAUUCUGGCUGCUUCUGCUGAUUUCACGGCUGUGGCUUCAGUAGAUACAAGCCAAGAAGAAGAGGGUGCUCAAGCAGAUGAUGAAUUGGCAUUAACUUUGGCAAAGAAAGACAAAUUGCACCCCUUCCCACAUCCUCGAUGGUCUACUAGAGUUUUUGCUGCAGAAUGUGUUUGUAAAAUUAUUACCCAGUGUGAGAAUGCAGGCAGUGCUCAUUUUGACAUAGCUUUAGCACAGGAAAUGAAGCAAAGGGACUCAAGAGAUGAUUUCUUGGUAUUGUAUUUAGCUGACUUAAUUCGUAUGGCUUUUAUGGCUGCCACUGAUCACAGCAACGAACUUCGUCUUUCCGGACUUCAGAUGUUGUUAAUUCUUAUUCGAAAAUUUGCUGCUGUAGCAGAGCCAGAAUUCCCAGGUCAUGUAAUAUUGGAGCAAUACCAAGCCAAUGUUGGUGCCGCUCUUAGGCCAGCCUUUACCCCAGAAACACCACCUGAUGUAACAGCAAAAGCAUGUCAGGUUUGCAGUGCUUGGAUAGCAAGUGGUGUAGUAAAUGACCUUAAUGACCUUCAGAGAGUUCAUCAGUUGCUUGUGACAUCCUUGUCAAAAGUACAGGCUGGAAAAGAAGCACAAAAUCAACUAUACAAUGAAGGGACAUCUACUAUGGAAAUACUCGCUGUACUAAAAGCUUGGGCAGAGGUUUAUAUAGUUGCCUUACAAAGACAAAAGAAACAAAAUGACAUCAAUAGUCUACCUUUGGUUAAAAACAUUACAGAGGAGAGUUUCCGAGAUCCAUGCUCUUCAGUGGAUGAACUUCUGGAUUUAGUCCAAGUGGAUCUAGGGAAUCUGAGCAAACUCUGGCUUGCUGCACUUCAGGAUUUUGCUCUCUUAACUUUGCCUUCAGAAUUUGCUUCUCAGCUUCCCUCUGAAGGUGGUGCUUUCUAUACUGCAGAAACAAUUGAAAAUGCAAGACCACAUUAUCAAAAUGCCUGGGCCCAGAUUCUUCAUGCUACUGCAUUAUGGCUUACCAGCACUGGUUUUCUAGUUGGUGAUUCAGAUGAAGUUCUAACUAAUCUUUCACGGCCUGUUACUCCUACUAGUAUGUGUCAAGAUUCAACAUCUAGGGCUGCUAUAAAAUCACCUGAAGAUUUGAAUACUGAUAGAUUUCAUCUUGUUCUGGGGAUUAGUGUGGAAUUUCUCUGUUCUCCCCGGUCAGAUGAAGCGAUGGAAAACAUUACUGCUUGUCUACAUGCCCUGCAGGUCCUGCUUGAUGUUCCCUGGCCAAGAUCUAAGAUUGGAAGUGAUCAGGAGCUGAGUGUUGAGCUGUUGAAUGUUUUACAUCGGCUUAUACUGACUAGAGAAUCCCCAGACAUUCAACUUGCUGCACUAGAAGUUGUUCAGCAGAUUCUUUUUGCAGCAGAAGAGCAUGUGAAGGAAAAACGGAGAAGUGCAGAAGUUGAUGAUGGGGCUGAAGAAAAGGAGACAUUGCCAGAGUUUGGAGAAGGCAAAGAUACAGGAGGACUUAUACCUGGAAAGUCUUUAGUCUUUGCAACACUGGAAAUGUGUGUUUGCAUUCUUGUACGGCAGCUACCUCAGCUUAACCUGAAGAUAACAGGUAGCCCUGGAAUUACAUCUGGAAAACCUCGGCUGUUAUCAGAGGAUGGAAACAGAUUGGUAGCAGCGGCACUGGGAAUCCUCUCUGGGGUUCCUGCAGUCUGCUCACCAGAAGGAAGCAUUGCUGUUCUUCCUACUAUUUUAUAUCUGAUUAUUGGAGUCCUCAGAGAAACUGCUGUGAAGUUACCCAGUGGCCACUUUCCUUUGACUGUUGCUGCAUCACUGCAAGCUCUUAAAGGAGUCCUAUCAUCACCCAUGGCUCGGGCAGAGAAGAGCCGAAUGGCUUGGAAUGAAUUGCUCCGUAGUGCUUUGGUCACCAUUCUUAAUUUUUGGGAUCAAGGUACAGUAUGCGUGGGAAGAAAAAGAUCUCCUGACAUAUGUGGUAUAAGUAUUGUAUAGACCAUAACAAAUAAUAUGUCAUGCUCAAUCCAGUAAUAUCCUACUUGGGCAUAAAAUAAGUAGCUACUGUUGCUUGAAAAGAGUUUUAGUUACUUGGAGAGCGCAAGUUACUUCUUUUUGGCAUACCUGCUGUUUGCCUCUAUAUUCUCAUAGCCUCUCUUUUGUUCCUUUCCUAAUUGAGUUUACUUUUUGCAUCCCCACUACAGCAG